CCAAGCUUUAGAUGCAGAUAAGGGCGAAUUUGUUUUCUAAAAACUGGUUGUAGUUUGGUAACGGUUCUUGCAAACUUCCCAUUUGUUUCAUAAACUGGUUUCAAACAUAGUUUGACCUUAAACCGGGGGUUUAUUUUUGUUGCUGGCAAAGUAAAACUGGUUUGUUAACCAAUCAAACUGUCCCGUGGUGUGGAUAGUUCCGUUCCAAGAACAAGAUGGCGGGUGUUACACUACUGGGGGAUAUACUCCAAGGGCUCGAUGGAUGUUCUCAUUAACUACGAUGACUGCAUACUGUGUUUUAGAAUUUCUUGAGAAGCCAUGGUCAUCCAGUGGACUGAUGCUAUUAUAUAAGGCUAACCUGGCGGCGGACAGUGUACUGUGUAGCGAUGCCCGCGGUACCGGCAAAUGUGUCUGACUGUGUUCAGGCACUUCUUGAGCAGCUGCUGUCACAGCAAACCCCAUCACCCUGUAGUGCCAACUCUACCUCCGCGCCCAGUGAACGCUCGGAGUCUCGGGCACUGCUCUAUAUAGUGGUAACACUGCUGUUCUAUUCAGGGGGAAUUAUUAUCGGUAUUAUCACGUACCUAAAGCGUGAACGGCGAGAAAUAGAGGAGGACAGGGAGUUUGAUGAAUUUAUUAACACUUACAUUGAACCGGAGACCCGGACAACGUUCCAUAAAGUUCAGCAAGUCAUUGCAAGACUUAAAUAUCUACAGGAGGAAAAAAUAAGGAAAAUGGGAAGUAAGGGAACAGAUGUGAAAUCAAACGACAACGAGGAUAAAAAGGAUAACGUUGAUAAAAAGGAAUGUGUAGAAAAUUCUCUUAUCAAGACCGCCAACUCGUGGAACGAGACAGAGACUUCGAGGCUUGAUAAUACAAUUUGUGAAGACGACGAACCACUAUCAUCUAUCGUCGCUAAACUCAUCGACCCAGACAAACGACGAUCAUUCGACGAAGAUUCGGACAUGGAUGAGGACUAUCAUGAGGGUGGUCUCACAAAGACUUCCUCCAUGCAGUCCAUCAAGGAUUACACCGAGGAACCGGGGAGGAGCGCACGUUCAUCUCUCAUCGACGACGACAACGAAAUGGUGGAUGACGAUUCGUCUACAUUGAUCAGUAAUCAAAGACUUGGUAACAAGGAAGGUAUACAACACUGUAAAACUGUAAACAAAGGAUGUAUAGUGACGAAUGUGUAGUGUUAAUCAUCCAUACCCCUGUGGGCAAUAAGUCCCUUAUUGUAAUAUGCAAGCACAUCAAAAAUCAGCAGCCCUACGACAUUUUCCAAAGGUAGGUUCUCACAUUUGUCAUACCUGUUUUAAUUUGGACGUUUACGGUAAUCCACCUGUACGGUGUGCUCUCACACGGUCGCCUGUUCAACCAUUACCGUCAUCACCAUAGCAACAACUUGGAUCUACUCUGUUUUGCGAGAUACUGUCAGAAAUAUCUCUGGUAAAAGUGAAAAAGCAAUGACAUUGGACUUUGACACACGACAACCUUCAUAACAGUGCCCUAUUCUGGGGUUUCAUCUAUUCAAGGAUACAGUAAGACGCCUUUUGUACGCCGAGCCGUUCAAGGGACCACCGAAAUUGUGCUGUUAGUGUUUGUAACUUUUAUGGUAAGAUUAGAGUGUUUUAUACAAUGAUAAUACACUAGAGAACAUUUAUAUUGAUUUACACUGAUUUUCCGUGAUUUCUUUUUCUAGAUGGUUAUUAAUAUAAAUGAUUAAACUUAUGAUCAAAGCU